GCAUGUUAGCUAGGUCUUCUUCGUUUUUUGCAAAUACCACAAUAUUAUCAGCAAAACGCGACAUUUUUAAAAGCAUUCCGCCUACUUUUAUUCCUCCAAUAUUCUCUUUCCUUACCUCCUUUAAAGUUUCUUUUAAGUAUACUUUAAAUAAGAGGCGUAACGUGACUGUACGUCCAGCUUUCAUACGUCCAAGGGAUAAUAGUUCAUCGUUUAGGUUAUUUAUUUUAAAUUCUUUUAAGGAUGUUUCAAACUCUUCUCUUAAUACAAGGGGUUCUAUAUUGUAUUUUUCGUCUUGCUUCAUUACAGAUAUAUAUUAAUAUAUAUCUAUGUACUUCAUACAGUUGUAAUAUGUCUGCUUGUUCGUUUUUAUGUAGUUUCUUUAUGUAUUAUUUCCAUAUCCCUUAGCUUUUCACCGUCAUCUAUUAUAAUAUUUCCAUCACUAUUAUUUGUUAACAUAGUUAAUCUGCUUUUAGGUUUACUAAAAAAUCUGUUCAAAAUCGUGUACCUACGGCUUAUCUCCUAAUCCGUUGGAUAAGCACACGUCCAUUAAAGAUUAGCUUAUUUUCUUAAAACCCCAUUUAUGUUUAACACAGAGUAGAUGACAUCUAUUUCAUAGAUUUUAGUUAUACUAUAACUCCAUGCAACUGUGGGAACACUCUCUUCUUGAUUAGCGCUCAGCGAUAAACCACACUGGUCAGUAAUGGUACAGUGAAAGUAUAGACGUUCACAAUAGAAUUUUAAAUUAGAAGCAGUACAAUUACAGGAGUUGAAUAGGCAACAAUAUAUACAAAUUUGGAAACCACUGGACUUUCUUAUCAAAUAUUGCUAGCGGAACAUCUGUAAUUAUUGCCAGCGGAAUAUAAAUAAUAAUAUACUGGUCGGUGUUUACUUAUCAAAUACAUUUUUUUUAAAUUUUUUAUUUCAUUGAUUUUCAGUUGGACUUACAUAUUAAGUCUAAAAACGUACUAAGCGAUGUCAGCGAACACAAGUACACGUGAUAAGUUACUUGGUUUACUCGACGACUUUGAGCUUCUAAGCAGGUAAUGUUAAAUUAGCAAGAAAAAGAAUUUGUGUACCUAUCUAAAGAUUGUUAUAAAUCAAUCAUGAUGUAUGAUUAGAUUCAUAUUAGGCGACUAUGCAAAAUCAUCAAUUUUUGAUAUUAUAUCACCAAUUAUUAUUUAAAAAUAAAAGAUCAUGUAGAAUACCUAAGUAUUUAAUAUGUAAUUAAGUAUAGAAUAAGUAUUUCUUCUAGUGGCUUAUAAAAAUUUAGUAUUAUUGAUUAAUUGUAAUUUCAAUUGCCCAUUUAUUUCAUUUUUUAAUCAACUAUUUUCUUUUUUGAUCUAUUUUAGUACAUAUUUACAUUUAAAAUGUAAGAUUAUUUAGUUAUAUACCUAUUUAUAGUUACUGAAGCCAAAUUAAAACAAAUAUAUAUAUAUAUAUAUAUAUUGUAUGACUUAUAAAUUGUUUAGAGAAUUAAUCGAAAAUUUAAGUGCCGCUCGACAACAAAAAAUCAAUGUUCAACAUCAGUUACUUCUGACAGAACAGCUUGUAGCUACAGACAAUGAAAUAAAGGCUACACUAAAAGUUGCAGAACAUCAAGCGGGAGUAGAAAAAAAGGUGGAUGCUAUUAAAGCAGAAAUAGAAACUCAAGAUCAACAUAUUACUCAAAUGCAAAAACAUUUUAAAGAAGCUGAAAACAUUUUGGUAAUUAUACCACAACCAUAUUUUUGUUAAUUAAUUUUUGAUUUGAAAUCAUUGAUGUGUUUUAUAGGCGACUGCAUUAUUUCAAGCAAAGCAAAAAUUGCAGUCCAUUAAUAAAGCUAGUAAACAUCCAGUAUCAUCAGAAGAUCUCAUAAAAUAUGCCCAUAGAAUAAGUGCUUCUAAUGCAGUGUGUGCUCCACUUACUUGGCAACCGGGUGAUGCACGUAGACCCUAUCCUACAGGUAAUAGCUACAUUUAAUCUAACUUAAAACAUAUUCAUUAAAUGUAUAAUUAUAAUAUAAAUUUCAGAUAUUGAAAUGCGAAUGGGAGUUUUGGGCAGAUUAAAUGAUCUACCACUUAAUGGACAUAUGAUGCAACCUCCAGGUCUAGCUGAUAUUGUGCGAUCCAACAAUCAAAUAGGUAUAUUAGGGAAAACAAUAGGUGUGUUUUCUUGAAAUUAAUGAAGGCAGCCUACAAGUGGUUGUAUUUAGCAACCCAUACUGGUUUGGUGUGUUUGGUCUCUAAUUGUUUGCUUAUUGUUCACUCUUUUAGCAAUCUGGUACUUAUGUUUACUAACUAUCAAAAUAGGUGUUUGUAGUAGUGUUUGGUUGUUUAACAUAUUUAUGUUAAGAUUUGAACAAUAUGUUAUUUAUUGAGCGUUCUAAAGUAAAAGCUUUUAUAUAGUUCUUUUCUACUUUUUUACUAUGAGCGCUUUGAAAUAAUUAUUACCAAAUUGUUUAAAUUGCAUAGAAAGGAAAUUCGUGAUAAAGAUUCUGUAUUUGAAAUACUUAUUUAUAUUUUAGUUUGGAAAAACCAUAAAUAACCAACAAAUGAUAAUCUAGGAUUUGUUUAUACUAUUUUACUAUUCAAAUUCUUAUUACACAGUUAUUAUUACUAAAAUUAACUGUAAUUGUAUAAUAAAAUUUGACAAUAUCAUAAAUUUACUAGUAAACAAUAUAGGUGGCUAGUUUUUGGAUGUUUCACACAAAAAUGUCCGAUAUGUUAAAUAAUAUAUUCAUUUAUUAGUGUGACUAUUAUCCAUUUUGAAAAUAAAAUGCUUAUUUGUUUGUAUUCUUUCUCUGUAAUUAUUCUUUUAUAAAUGUAUUUCUUACCUCUGAAUAAUAUAUAUCUCUGAGAAAAUGAAAAAACUGAGAUAAAAACUUGAAAUAUUGUCAUUGUACUAUCCAUUAAAACAAGAUCAGAUAAGAUUGACACAGUUUUUAUCAGUGAUGUUUAAUACAAUAUAUCACAUUAUUCACAUUAUAUAUGUACAUUUAAUGUUUCAUUAAGAUUAUAAUGUGUAAGAAAGUAAUAAUUUCAAAUGUAAAUUUAGUGGUAUUCUUACAGUAAGUUUUUCACAAAUUGACAUUCUCCUUUAUUAUUUUAAAUGUUAUUAAUAUUAUUAAGUCUUUGUUUUGUCAAGAGUACUUAAAAUGUUUAUAGAAAAAUUGUGUUAAUUCAUAUUUUAUUUAAAUAUAUUAUGUACUUAAACGUAAAUCAAAUUAAAAAUGUAUGUAAUAAUUAAAAAUAUUUGUUUUCGAUAUAUUAUUUUACACUAUUUGAAAUGUGUUAGUAAUUUAUAAAUUAUUUUUUAUACACAAUAUUUUUCAAAUUUUUUUAAGAUAUCAAAAUUAUUAAUAAUUUUUGUGUAUUAAAAUAUUUUUCAUUAAGAAAUAAAUAUUUCACCUUUUUUUUUUUUUUAAAAAAAAAAUACAUUUCAUUUUUUCAAAUAUUAAAAGCAAACAGAAAAAUAAAACUAAAUCUACUAAUUUUUUGUAAUAUUAUUCACUACACAAAUGAACAAAUGAACUAACAGAAUAAACCAUCUAAUAAAAUAAUCCUAAAAAUUUAAGUAUUUUAUUUGAUGAAAUUUGUAUUAAAUACAAAUUUCUUUACUGCACAGAAAAACAAUGAGUAUGAACUGAAUCUAUAUUAAUUAUAUUUUUUGGGGGGGUUACUUAACGCUUACAUUGAUAGUAAUUAUAAUAAUAAUAAUGAUGGAGGGAGAUGGUUGGGGUUUGAUAGUGUGGUAGGUGCAUGAGAGGUGUAGUAGAAAAUUGGUCAGAAGUAUUAGGUUGUGGUAAGGUAAUAUGUAGUUGUAGCAAUAGAUUGAUGGUAGUAGGGUGAUAUAAAAUGAAAAUAGCAGUCUCAGGAACUCUGUUGACCAUAAAUUUGUUGUAUACAUAGCAUAGCAUAAACAUAUAUAUGUUAACAAAAAUAAACUAGUGUUUUGUUUAAAGUAUGUAUUUAUUUUCAAUAUUUACAUUCUUAAUACUACUUAUUUGUUUAUGAAUUUGUAAUUAUUACGUAUAAAAUAUAUUAUUAUAGAAUUUAUAUACAUAAUAGAAAAAUGUCAAAUAUGAUUAUGAAGAUUUGCUAUUUAUUAACUAAUUACAUUUUAUGAUUAUAAUUAAUGUGAUUUUCAUUUUAAUUGAGAUGAUGUUUUUUGUUAAUAGGCAUUAUUUUAUCUUGGAUACUUAAAAAAUACUUUUAUUUUUUUUUUUAGAUCGCCAAACUUCACAACCAUUUGCUUGGCAUUCAACCGGUGAUAUGCAUUUAGGUGUUGGUAGUGGAGUUAUAGAUACCAGAAACCAUUCUAAAGACGUUGCUGAAGAUGUUGAAGUUAUGUCAACAGAUAGUAGCAGUUCUUCUUCCAGUGAUUCUCAAUAGUUAUAAAAAUAAAAAAUAAACACAAAUUAAAAAGUGGUGAGAAUUACAUUAUGUUUACGUAUCACAUUUUUAAAAUUUUCUAUCAAUCUUAUUUGUACUGACUGAGCUUAUUUCAUAGAAUGACUCUAUGGCUUAGUUAAACACAAAAAAAAAAAAAUAAUAAUAAUAAUAAUAAUUAAAAUAUAAAUACAAAAUAUAAAAAUUAUAAGAUGUGGUUAUAUUUAUACAAAAUUGUUAGUAAUUUAGUGACUCAUGAAUCUGUAACAUUUGGGUUGGUGUAUGUAAACCCAUCAAAUUGUGACUGAUCCAUUGACUGAAGUAUGGUUUUAUCCACGGGUGUCAGUCUUGGUUUCUCUUUUGUGAAGUGCUUAUCAAAAUAGUGUGUAUCCAAAGGAUGGUACUAAAAACCAAUAUUAAAAUUAUUAAAUACAACUGUCAGAAUAAUAUUAUAACACUAGCACUUACAACUCUAGGCAUGUAUGGUGGUUCAAGUUCUCGUCUCUCUAGUUUACACCAGUCCAUUGAACUAAAGAAUGGAUGUCUGAUUACAUCUUCAGCCGAGUGGUUAGCUUCCAAUGAACCUAGUCGUUUGGUAGCAUCCUUUUCUAGAAACUAUAAGUUCAAAUAACACAAUACAAUAACAAUUUGAAAAUAAAAUAAAAAUUCAAUAAUUAUGGUUAUUGUGAGAACUUACAGCGACUAAUACAGAUUUUGAGUCUACUGAUAAGUAUCGUGGAUACUGAGGUUGUUCAUUACAUAUGGACCAAAACAAAGCAUCUUCGUCACAACCGCUAAAUGGCGAUUUGCCAACCAACAUCUCGUAUAAUAGAAUACCAAAGGACCACCAGUCUACGCUUUGAUUGUAUUUCUGACCUUUGAUUAUCUAAUUAAACAACGUUUAAUACAUGGUAAAAUAGUUGAACUCAGUCGGUCAGAAAAUACCUAUAUUUAAAUUGUACAUAAAUAUAUACAGAGUAAUUUUUUGAAAAUACUAACCCAAUUUGUAUGGUUAAAUUAUACAUGUAUUCAAAUUUUCAGUGUAGUUAAAGAUAAUAUUUUAGAAUACUUAUAUUUUUCACAACAUUUAACGUACUGUAUGGCAAUACCGAUUAAGGUUUUAGAAAUGAGAACCAACAGGUUUUAAAGCGAAUUGUAAGUUUGAUGAUUUUUCUGAAAAUGUUAACAUAUUAUAAUCAAAAUUUAAAUGGAAAGUUUCUGAAUUAUUCUACUUUAUUCAAAUACUUUAGUAUAAUAAUCUAUUAAAUAUAUUUUAAAUAGAUAUGAGUCGGUAAUUAUAAUAAGGUAUCUAUAUAUAAGCAAAUAUAAUAUUUCCAUCAAAAUUUAAAAUAAAAGGAAUUUUUUUUGUAAAUUGCUCCAUCUUUUCUACGUUUUUCCCAGUUUUUCACAAUUAUAUAUAAUUAAAUGAUGACCUCUCUAAUGUACCACCCCAGUCAGAUUUCCUUCAGAAAUAGUGUUAUACUUAAAAAUCUAAGUAAAAUUGUUGGUAAAAAAAUUGGACACAGGAAAAAAAAUAAUUAAACAUUGUAUUGUAAAACCAAUACAUUGCUCGCUCCGCUCAGAAUCUAAAAUAUAGGUUCUAAUUUUAAAAACUAUCAUUGUUGCAUGUUGUGAAAAAUCAAAGUAUUCAAAAUCAUCACCUUACACUUGAAAUUUCCAAAAAUCAAAGUAUACAUAAUUGAACUAUAAAAAUGUGGUGAGCAUGCUUAAAAAAAUCUCCUUAUAUAUAUAUCAAUAAAUUAGGAUAAACUUUACCUCUGGCGCCAUGUAAUCAGGAGUGCCGCAAAAUGUAUCAGCUGUUUUGUCCAAAUAUAUCUGUAGUUUACACAUUCCGAAAUCAGCAAUUCUCACAUGCCCAUUGAAAUCUAAUAAUAUGUUGUCCAGUUUUAAAUCUCUAUUUCAAAUAUAAAUAAUUAAUUAUUAUCAAUAUAAUAUAACAAUUUUGAUUGUGACACAAUGUUUAUUAGCAGAUAUUAUUGUAAUGUCUUUAUGAAAACUUGCCUGUAUACAAUUCCUUUUUUGUGUAAAAACUUGAGACCAGAUACUAUUUCAGAUGCAUAAAAUCGUGAGCGGCCUUCAUCAAACCGUCCUGAUUGUUGGAUAUGAAACAUCAAGUCACCACCAUUCAAAUAUUCCAUAACAAAGAACAAAUGCGACUGAAAAUGAUUUUUUUUUUUACUAAAAAAU